GUUUAUGCAUACUCGUGGAACCAGGAGCAACAAGGACAUCCCGCUAGUGAAUUUGAGCAACGAACAGCUAGCUGAGUUAGAGCGAACGAAGCGGAAAGCAAGAGAUCCGGCAAUGAUGGAAAACGCCAAUGGACUUGUUCGUGAUGAUGAUGGAACCUGGAGAAACCGAGAGGGUCAUCUGUGCAAUGCGAGAGGCCAAAGGAUUGAUGGAGAUGGUAACAUCAUUCCACCAGCUCCUUUACCAGUGGAUGUUGUUGACCAGAAUCCACCACCUGCACCGCGUGGGAAUGCUGUGAUUGUUCCAAAUCAUAAGGACGUUCCAGAGGAUCGGAAUGCGAGGGAACCUGCACCUGCAGUUGGACGUGGACGAACACUUGGAGACUACAACAGGCCUGAGCAGUUCUAUCACCCAUUCCAUGGCCACUCUCAUGAGCACCCUAUGGAUCACAUCGAGAGGUUUGAGAAUUUGUUGGAGCCAGGAUCACUCACCACUUGGGAAGAGACCAGGAACGCCUUCCUGCACAACUUCUUCGACGAUGCUAGGUCUGAGGAGUUGAGGACUAAGAUCUCGACUUUCUCUCAGGACCCUACUGAAGCGUUCAAGGCUUCUUGGGUGCGAUUCAAAUCGUACCAGCGAGACUGCCCUCACCAUGGCUUCAGCGAUGUGCAGUUGCUGGGUAUCUUUUUCAGAGGUAUCGACUGGAGGUAUCAGAUGGCACUUGAUGCAGCAAGCAAUGGUAACUUCAACACUCGAUACCCAGAAGAAACCGUUGAGCUCAUCGAAAAUUUGGCAUCCAGCAAUAGCACCAAGAAUGCUGAUCUUGAGCGAAAGAAGCAAGCUGGAACAUGGAUAGAUCGCAGAUCGCUGAGAUUCGCACAGGAGGUGGAGAGUUUCGAACCUGAGGAUGCAGCUGAGGAAGAGGAUGUCAAUUUUGUUAGUGGAUCAGGAUUUCAGGGUCAGAGGUUUGGUAAUCAGCAAGGUAACAGAAGCUACAGUGGAAAUUACAGUGGAAACAAUCAGAGGAAUACCUUCAACAGUAAUCAGAAUUUCUCUGGUUACACGCCUAAGCCUCAGUACCAGAAACCUUUCUCCAACAACAGUUUUUCCAGAAACUACAGCACUCCUUCAUCUCAACCUCAAAAUCCUGACAAUGAGAUGAAGUCUAUGCUGGAACAGAUUCUGGAAGGUCAGCAGAAGCUCACCGUGGACUUUAAUGGGAAGAUGGAUGCUCUCUACCUCGAUUUGAAUGGAAAAAUCGAAGCUCUGAACACCCAUGUCAAGCAGCUCGAUACACAGGUAGCCCAAACUGCAGGUUCUGUUAAAAGGCAAGAGGGUUUUCUUCCUGGGAAGACUGACACCAAUCCAAGGCAUCACUGCAGUGCUAUCACGUUGAGGAGUGAGCCGGUGACGAGCGACACCACCACUAGCAUCGCGCGUCACCAAUUGCAGAGCGAAGCUGUUGAUGCUCCGAAUCCGAAAUCUGCAGAGGAGAAAGUUUACAAACCUAAAGUUCCUUACCCAAGGAGCCCUAGGAAGUCCAAGCAAGAGCUUGAUGAUGCACGAUGCAAAGCUCUGAUGGAAAAGCUUGUGAUUGAGAUACCCUUGGUUGAUGCUGUAAAAAUCACUCCUGUCAUCAGACGUUAUGUGAAACGAAUGGUAACCAAUAAUCUCAGCCAUGAACAGGGAAUGAUGAUGAUAUCUGAGCAAGUCAGUGCAGUGAUUCAGAACUGA